AUGUUGCACUACUACUCACUAUUCGUUCUUCUCUGUUGCACUAGUGUUUUAUCCAAUACAAACAAAACAACUAAUUUGAUUGUUCAAUCUACUCGUGAUGCAGUUGUUUACCUCAGCAAAUUUGGCUAUAAUCCAUGCAGUGAUUCAACUGGUUUCCAAUGCUCCUUUGACUUAAAGAGUAUUUUAAAAAUUUUUCAAGAACGAUUUCGUUUAAAAAUUACUGGCAUUCUGGACGAUGCCACCAAACAAGAAAUGAGCCGAUCACGUUGUGGUAAUAAGGAUCCACCGCUCAGUUUCUCGACAAAUAUUGCUAGACCAUUAGGAUUAAAAUGGUCACGUUCAACGUUGACAUGGUCGCUGAGAAACUAUUCACCACGUAUUGGUGCAGCAGAAUCACAAAGUAUCAUUCAACAAGCAUUCGACGCUUGGUCUCAACAUAUCCCAUUGGAUGUCAAGCGAGUCUGUUCGACGUGUUCGGCGAAUAUCGUCAUCGAUUUUGGUUAUGGAGAUCAUGGCGAUGGUUACCAUUUCGAUGGACCGAGUGGAACGUUGGCACAUGCCUAUUAUCCCGAAGAUGGUCGAAUACAUUUCGACAUGGAUGAGCCAUGGACAAAUAGGUAA